AUGUUGUCUCCCCCCAUCCGCCGGCUCCUGGCCCUGCUGGGCCCCGAGCGCGGGCGCUGGACGCUGGUGGGGGGGCUGAUGUCGGCUUCUGCUCUCGGUGAGGUGGCUGCCCCCUACUUCACGGGCCGUGUCACCGACCGGGUGGCGGAGGAGGACGCAGCAGCGGCCGUGUGGCCCCUUGUGCUGGUGGGGCUCGGCAGUGCCAUCACCGAGCUGGCCUGUGACAGCAUGGCAGCUGUGGCGCUGACGCGGGCGCGGGACCGGCUCCAGCGCGGCGCGGUGGCCGCGGUGCUCCGCGGGGACGUGCCCGGGCCGGGGGGCAGCCUGGGGGACACGCCGGGCGCGGUGGCGGCGCGGGUGACAGGGGACGCCGAGGCGGCGCACUCGGCGCUGGGCGAUGUGCUGGUGCCGGGGCUGUGGGCGUUGACCCGGGCUGUGUCGCUGCUGGCCGUGGUGGCCUGGCUGUCCCCGCUGCUGGGCCUGCUCACCCUCCUGGCACUGCCCCUCUUCCUGCUGCUGCCACGCGCCGUCGGGCGCAUCCAACAGGACCUGGCCCGGCAGGUGCGGGCAGCGCAGGCCAGCACCACGGCAGUGGCCCUGGAGUCCCUGGGGGCCAUGGGGACCGUCCGGGCCUUCGGGCACGAGGCCGGUGUCACCGAGCGUGUCCGGCAGCGCCUGGCCCAGGGACACCGGCUGGAGCAGAAGGAGGCGCUGGCCUACGCGGCCGGGCUCUGGGCCAGUGGGUUUCCUGCACUGGUCCUGAAGCUGGCACUGCUCUUCUUGGGGGGACGCUUGGUGGCUGCAGGGACUGUCACUCGUGGGGAGCUGGUCACCAUCCUCAUGUGCCAGCUACACUUCACCAAGGCUGUGGAGGCCAUGCUCCUGUACGUCCCGAUCCUGGCCAAGGCCAUUGGCUCCUCUGAGACACUCCUGGAACUGCUGGAGCAGGCCAGGACGGUGACACUCGAAGGGCCACCAUCACCUGUUACCCCGCGGGGCCAUGAGACCACAUGGACUCGAGGCCUGUGCCUCAGGGAUGUCUGGAUGUCAUACCCGGGGCGGUCCGAGCCAGUCCUCAAGGGGGUGUCGCUGUCGCUGCGCCCGGGAGAGGUCGUGGCCGUGCUGGCGCCCCCUGGCGGCGGGAAGAGCUCCCUGGUGGCGGCCGCGCUGGGGCUGCGCCCCCUGGCGGGCGGGGCGGUGCUGCUGGACGGGGCCCCCCUGACCCCGCACUCGGACCCGGCUCUGCGGGAGCAGGUGGCUGGUGUCCUGCAGUGCCCGUCCCUGUUGUCUCGCUCCCUCAGCGCCAACAUCACGCUGGGCUGGGGACACAAGGAGGGGACACAGGUGAUGGCAGCGGCGCGGCGGGUGGGAGUGCAUGACUGGGCCAAACAGCUGCUGCAUGGCUAUGACACAGAGGUGGGCCCACGGGGGAUGCAGCUUUCAGGGGGACAGGCACAAGGGGUGGCACUGGCCCGGGCCCUGCUCAGGAACCCCCAAGUGCUGGUGCUGGAUGAGCCCACGCGGGCACUCGACCCCAUGACCCGGCGCCAGGUGGAGCAGGAGCUGCUGUGUCCCGGGACAGGGGAGGGGCCGGCGGUGCUGCUGGUGACAGGACGGGUGGCCCUGGCCCAGCGGGCACCGAGGGUGGCCCUGCUGGAGGGGGGACGGCUGCGGGAGCUGGGGACCCCCGGGGAGCUAAGGACCCUCCCGUGGGGGACAGCGGGGGACACUGAGGAUGGGGAGGGGGACGACUAGGGCUGGGAGGGGGACGCUGGAGAUGGAGACUGUGACAGCAGGGAUGAGGACGGUGCCGGAGGAUGGGGACACCGUGGGGAGGGUGACUUCGGGGCCAGGGCUGUGACAGUGACCGAGUGUGAAAUCGAUCAAUAAAUCCGCAGAUCUAUACAACAA